UCGGGGCGAGCUCCGCGCCGGCUCCGCUGUCCCCGCCGCUCUCCCGCCGCCGCUCCGCUCCGCGCUCGCUGCCGGGGAGGGAUGGGGCGGGCAGGGGGAGGACGCGCUGGGGGCCAGGACGGGCCCCUGCAUCCCCCCCGCGCCCCCCGGCUGCCCCUCCGCUCCCCCUUGCACCCCCCAGCCGCUCCUUCCUCCUGCUGCAAAGGCAUGCGCUCGGCAGGGCUGCCCGCUGCCUCGGUGCGUGCUUGAAAUAGAGGCACCCCUCUUUGCUUGGAGAGCCCUCCCAGCCCUGCUCUGAGCGCCCUAUCCCCUGCCCCGAGCUCCCCAUCUGCUUCCUCGAGGCCCCAUCGCCUGCUCUAAGCCCCAUUCCCUUCCUCAAGCUCCUCAGUCCCUUCCUCAAGCCCCUUUCCCCUUCCCUGAGCCCCCUUCCCCUGCUCCAAGCUCCAUCCCCUUCCUCAAACUCCCCAGUCCCUUUCUUAAGCCCCUUUCCCCUUCCCUGAGCCCCCUUCCCCUGCUCCAAGCCCCCAUCCCCUGUCCCAAGCCCCUAUUUCCUUUCCUGAACCCCCUACUCUGAGCCCCCAUCCCCUUUUCCAAAUCCCCCAUCCCUUACCUUGAGCCCCCAUUCACUGCCCCAAACCCCCAUCUCCUGCCCUGACUCUGCUUCCCUGAGCCUCCCAUUCCCUCCCCUAAGCCCCCUGCCCCAAAUCCCCCAAAUCCCCCAUCCCCAAAUCCCUCCCCACGAUGAUUUUGCUGAGCUGUUUUCUGAACCUGCGGCCCCGGCGGGGCUGCGGUGCCUUGGCCGGGCUGGGCAGGGGGCUCGGCCCUGCAGCGGGGUCCCGCCGGGCUCUGCGGGUGCUGGUGGACAUGGACGGGGUGCUGGCCGACUUCGAGGGAGGCUUCCUGAAGAAAUUCAGGGCCAGGUACCCCGACAAGCCCUACAUUGCCCUGGAGGACCGGAGGGGCUUCUGGGUGUCGGAGCAGUACGGGCGCCUGGGACCCGAGCUGAGUGAGAAAGCCAUCAGCAUCUGGGAAUCCAAGAACUUCUUCAUCGAGCUGGACCCACUCCCUGGGGCUGUGGAAGCUGUGAAGCAAAUGGCAAAUUUGGCAGACACUGAUGUGUUCAUCUGCACGAGCCCAAUCAAGAAGUACCGGUACUGCCCUUAUGAGAAGUAUGCCUGGGUAGAGAAGCACUUUGGCCCUGAAUUUCUUGAGCAGAUUGUUUUGACACGAGAUAAGACGGUGGUUUCUGCUGAUCUGCUUAUAGAUGACAGACCUGAUAUAACAGGGGCAGAGCAGAACCCCACCUGGGAGCACGUGCUCUUCACUGCCUGCCACAACAAGCACCUGCAGCUGAAGCCCCCCAGUCGCCGGCUGCACUCCUGGGCUGAUGACUGGAAGGCCAUUCUGGACAGCAAACGCCUCCCACCCGGCCAGGCCACCUAAACACCAGCCCCUGAGCCACCUCCCUGUGUCCCUGUGGAGUCCUGCUGAAGGCCAGAACCAUGGAUGGACAGACAGACAGACAGACAGACAGACAGACGCUGAAGCGCCACAGUCACCUGGACUUGAAAAACAGACCCCAGCCCAGCCCAGGAUUGUGCCUGGCAGCCUGGCUGGGGGGCAUUGCCCUCUGGCUCCUGGGGUCUCUGUGCUGCAUCUGCACCCCCCACAGGGCCAGCCCAGUGUUCCUGAUGGACAAGGUCACCCUCAGCGUGUCACUGCCCUUGCCAGGGGCACUGCAUGGCACAGACCAGCUCUGCAUCCUCCCCUCCACGUCAUGGUCAGGAUCAUGUGUGUGCUUUGUUUAGUCCUUGCAAGGUUCCAUCCCAAGGGGCUGCCUCAGGGGAUCUCUCCCCUGGCAGUGCCUGGAUCUGGGGAGAGGGGUGGCUGGAAGGGCAGGGAGAGCAGGCAGGGGCUGUCCAGGCUCCCUGCACUGGGAAUUGUCACAAGCACAUCUGUGGAUGCUGUCUGCAGUUCUCACAUACUGCAAGGGAAGAUGCUGGGGGGAUGUUGCUGCUAAAGGCUGGGGAGCUGUGCUGGUUUCAGCCAGGGUAGAAGUAAUUUUCUUCACAGAAAAUAGAGCCCCAUACCAGCUGCUGUGAAAAAAAUUAACUCUACUGUGGCCACCAACAGCACGGGAGCCCAUGAGAGGUGCCCAGGGUAGAUUGUUCUGCAGCUCCACCACAGUCCCAGCUCUGGAUGUCUGGGGACAGAGCGUGCUGCCAGCCCCACUCCCCUGGCUCUGGGCCCCUGCAGAGAGGUGUUCAGUGCCUGGCUGGUGCAAAGGGGUCACAGCACACACAUCUGGACCAGCCCCCUCUGCCAGGGGACAGUGCAGGGGCUGCUGAGCUCUGGGAGCAGCCAGUGCUGCUGGGAAGUUGCAGUUGGGCCCCAAAAAGGGAGGGUUUAGACCAAGGGGCAGCUCCAAGAGGGAUGGUUUUGGCAUAGCUGUGCCCACAGCCUCUUUCUCCCUUGUUUGUCUCAUUUUUGCUUCUCUGAGCCUACAGCAGUCCAGCCUUGAACUUCAGUGACCUGUCUGGCAGGAGAAAACUGCUGCUGCUGCUGCUCCUGGCCUCAGAGAGACAUCCCAGCUGCUGGGAGAGCCUGGCAUCCCCUCCCUGCCUGUGGCACUGCCACAGGGCAGCCACAGCCCAAGUGGGAGCUGGUGCUGGGCCACCGCAGGCAAAGCCUCAGGGAUGAGCUGGUUGUGUCACUGCUGACACCACAGAGGCCAUUGGUCCCUGCUGCUGUGUGUCUCCAGGCUGUCCAGGAUCCCACUGCCCUCCUGGCCCAAGGACUUGCUGGCUGCAGCAGUAAAAUUCCCCACUUGGACAAUUUACCCCACAGGCAGAGGUGGUAGCCAGGGCUUGGCUGGGAUUUGCCACACUGCACCCCGUGCUCACACCUUUGCUUUGCCUCUCUGCUCUCCAUCAAUGAAAGGACAUGAACUUGAAGCUAUAUAACCAACAAAUAAUGUAAUUCAGCAGUGGCAGCCAGACCCCUCCUGUACCCAGGAGCUGGAGGGGUUCUGGAGUUGGUGCUUUGGAACCUGUGCCUUCCCUGGGUGCUGCAGGGCCAGGGAUGGGGCCUGUGUUGACUUGGGGCUUGCCCUGUUUCUUGGGAUGGGGGGAGUUUACAAAGUCAGCAUGGUUGGCCCAGGGCAGUAGGACUUACAUACCACAAGCAUCUUUUUUUUUUUUUUUUUUUUUCUUUUCAUUUUUCUUUCCUGUUUAAACCACUGUGUGCUUCUCUGGGUAGUGGGUUUGGUUUGGAGGGGUCUGUUUAGGAUGUGCAGCUGCCUGAGGUGCAGCCCCCUGGCCAAGAGCUGGCUGGAGGGGUUGCAGGCUGGGAACUGGGACAGUGUAGGAGCACUGUGGGCAGCUGCUGCAGCUGCUGAACAUCAGGAACCCGCUGGCUCCACCAGCCCUCCACCAGCUGUUGGCCCCUCUGUGUAGCCAGGGUGACCUCAUGGGGUCCAAGCUGGUUUUUUCUGAUGGUACCAUGUAAAUAUGAGCUGCCUGGGCUCCCCAGAGCCUUCUCCCUGCUUAUUGAGCCAAAAUGAGCUGGCACAUCUCUCCAGCAGCUGCCCAAACCUCUCAUGUUCCCUCGAGGCUGGGGCAGACCCGAGGGAUGUGGCUCUGGGGCCAGCAGGACUUUUCCCCGUGGUGAGAUGUGAUGCCAGAGAUAAAUACACCACACCAAAUAUACUUGAAAGCAGAGCUGGAGUUUCUCAUGCCUGAGGCUCCAGCUCCAUGCACAGAGAUCCUGAGCUGGUAGCUGCACUGUUUGCUCCCACACUCGGGACCAGGAGGUGACUCCAUCGCCGUUCGUCCUUCAAGCCUGUCUGUGUCCAGCUGAGAUAGACAGAGCUUUUGGUUUUGAAUGUACAUCUAUAAACCCGAGGCAAAUGAGGAGCACUGCAAUAAACACUGGGUUGUUUGGCA